AUGGAGUCUCAGGACGGUAUCGAUGUCCGCCCUAUGAGGCUGAAAGUUCUUUAUACAUUCGACAACGAAAAUAAGACCAAUUGCCUUGCUCGGUGGCCACACGUGCUCGACAUCCAAACGGCCUUUCUAGACGAGAACACUCCGGUUGGAGUGAUCGAGUUGAGAACAUGCAUCCAGGCAAUCGUCUCUGCUAGCCCGGAGCUUGUGGGCCAAUUAGGAAAGGAUUAUACCGUCUAUGCCUACGACUACUCCGAAUUCGAAACCCCUCUUGUCGGGCAAGGCAUGCUUUCUGGGGUGCUGGCCACCUUCUCAUCGGCACCCGAGACACCCAACAACCAGUCGAAGACCAUGAUUACUGGGCGAGUUUGCAAGAGCCCCCUCGGCGGUCUCUUCUCCAAAGGUGCUCAAGAGACGUUAGAGGUCAAGUUACGGCUGGUUCCGGUCCCAACUGUCACUCAGAGUGAGUACUUCGCUAGCAUGCAGAAGUAUCAGAAGUUGACCAAUGGCAAUUCAGGCGACUUUGACACGCAGUCAUGGACAAAUUUCGUUCGUCAGAACCCCGCCCUCUUGGAAUCCGCAAGAAGCCAGAGCCACAACGACCAUGGAUCUCCCAUACAUCAAUCUGGGAUUGAGAGAUUCCACCAGCUCUUGAGCGAAGGCUCGACGCCACGAGAGUUCCCUACAUUCCACCACAAUGGAUCGGUCCGCUCGGUAUCACCAUCGCACUCAUACGCUGGCAGUCGAGUGUCAACACCUGGUGGAUGUCGAACACCAGCUCAUCAUCAAUCUUACCCCAAACAGAGCAUUCCCCAUAGUGACAUGAUUCGCCCGUCCUCAAGUGCCUCUAUGCGGGACUGCGACAACCAGACCCAGCUUUCCCACGUCUCACACAACAACGCUCGCAGAGGAUCCAUUCAUUCCGGAUAUGGCAGUGGUGAUGAAGAACCAACAGAGGCCCCAGCCCGGAAGAGGGCCAAGGUGUAUCAAGCAAACUGGCCCGGAAAGUCAGGCAUGAACAUCGAAAGACAACCAAGUUCGCUACGAGUUGCAGCUAGCACAGCGGCCUCUGUACGAAUCCACCGCCCAACCCCCGUGAACCCUGCUCUCACGGCCGAGCAUUCCCACGAAGAGCCUGUCCGUCCACCCACCCCCAUCUCUCGACCAUCCGAUUUCCAGCGUCGAAGCCGACCCACAGGUAGCUUGUUGCGGGAAUCUUCGAGCCUUAGCAUUGCCUCGUGCCCUGCUUCGUACAAUUCUCCAUAUUGUAUGAGCGAUGACGUCCCUGCCACAGACGCUGGCGGUGCCUCUCCUGAGGAUACCCGUUACCAAGGUCUCUUUGAGCCAUCCUUCAACAUGCCGUCAUCACCUCCAGUUUUCGAUAGCCGGUUGACAAAUAGAUCAAGCCCUGUCUUGCCUACCAUGUCUUUGGACAACGAUUCCGGCUUCAUGAGUGCAGGUCCGGAGGAACUCAUGGACGAUGACACCGCUGUGCCCCUAGACGACUGCAGAACGGGAGCGUCUCGUGGAAUUACCCGAGAUAAGUGCUCGGUUCGCACUACCGUGCAGGCAGGCUCUCCAGUGAGCACUGUCAGUGCUGCCCAGGGAACUAAUAACGAUCCUCUCCCCGUCGAUGAUACUCCAACGGAGCAGGUUGCAAAGCAGGCGCCGCGUCCGAUUUCUCGUGCUGCUCCUCGCCCCGCUCAAUCCCGUCCUACACCCCGUCCCGCCACAGCCACGGCUCCCUCAUCGAGACCUUCUUCGAGCUCUGGGGCACAACGCUUGGCGCCAAAGCCCCUCGCGCCGGCGCCUCAUAUCUUCCCUAAUGAAUUCCCCCAAUUGUAUCGCGCAAUCCCCGCUAGCGACCCAAUUCUGCCUCCUCGCUCUGGCGCGCCCAUGGCGCCUGUGGGGCCUGUGGAUGUCACUUUCAUGCCGUGUGAGACAGCUAGUUCCAGUUCCAAACAGCCAAAGCAACCGUCAAAGCCAAGGUCAUUACCGAAGCAGGGGUCCAAGGCGGUGCCGAAGAACAUAAAGGCACGCUUGGACAAUGCUAUUCUCAAUGGGGAAAUCCCGCCGUAUUGUGAGAAUUGCGGCACCAUCGAAACCGCCAGUUGGCGGCGAGCGUGGGUUAAAACGGUCAAGGGCGGCGAGAGCCUUGCAGAAGAGAUGAUGAACUCUUCCCCUAUGCUCUAUUGGGAGGCCGUGGACCGUAACGACAAGGGUGAAAUGAAAAAUUUCAAGAUCUACAAGAAGGCCCUCGAGCAGGAUGAUAAUGAUUGGUCGCAGUUGACCUUCUGCAAUCCUUGUGGUCUGUGGCUCCACAAAUUCAAACAAAUGCGCCCUGAAGACAAGUGGACCAAGCCAAAAGCAGCGCAGCCGGCCAAGAAGUACAAAAAGCGUCCUUCGAGGAACCGCAGCCAAGUCAACUCCUGCCCUGCUACCAGAACUCGGAGCAAGGCCGCGCCAAAGAAACCUUCGGCUUCGUCUCCAGCACCCACCGAAGCGUCUUCCGUCCAUCCCGAUGGGGAUACCCCCCAAAUGGACAAUGACGAUGACGACGAUCAGGACGGCGAAGCGGAUUAUUCUCCCAACGACUCUACUCGAGCUAACAGUGCCGAGCUAGAGACGACGUUCGAUACCCCGGGACGCCGUUGGUCUAAGCAGGACGCCAGAGAGGCACUGACGCGUGCCACCAAGUCAAGCCCAGUGAGCCGUACGCAAACCCGCUCUGCUCCAAUGACAGAUGCCAAUAGUCUCACCCCCAAGCCCUUGAGAAGGUCCCUUUUCCAGAAUUCCCAGAAUGAUGGGCCUCUGAAGGAACUUGAUUCUUCUAUGGUAAACAACUGCUCUCCACGUCGCAGCCCUCGCAUCGCCUCCACAAAGGAUGACAAGCCGGGCCAGCAAAAGGAGAAUCUUGCACCCACCCCGGCCGAUGACCUCGAUGAUCUGUUCGAAAGUCCCUCCAUCGGAUUUGAUUCAGCAAGCCCUACACCCCGCCGACGUAACCCACGCAUCAACGCGAUUGACAAGCGUUUGUCUUUCCCCGCCAACUCCCCAGGUCUCAACAAACGCAAGGAUCUAGGCUCGGUUAUGACUCCAGCUCGUCUGUCCGCAGAACGCCUGCAGCGUAUCCAAUCAAUUCACGGAAGUCCUCAGUCAUCACCACGCAAGUCCCCAGCCAAGCAACAGCCUUUGGCACCACAGCCUACCUCCGACAGUCUUCCGGAGACCUUCGAGUGCCUUGAUGGCAUGAUCCUCGACAUCUUCGAUGACACCAACAAGGCCGAGGCUUUCUUCGACAUGGAGAACGAGAAGUUCGCUGGUGACAACUGGGCGGAGUGGCUUCCAGCGGACUACGUUUCCCCUACUGGAUCUUGCGAAACUCCUGCCAACGAGCUGCUAAACGCUCUCUUCUCGGACAACCCCAAUGAGAAAGAGAACUUCAAUCCCGAUCUCCUUCCCUUCAACUUCAACGAUGUUGUCAUUCCCGACUCCGGGUUUUUCAGCUCGGACACCCUCCCCGCUGACGCUCUCAAGAGCCAGCCCGCUGGUGAAGAACCUGAAGGCCAUUAG